CUCCACAAUACAUUUUUGACCCAGAUGGCCUUCCAUACUGUCGAGAAGGGUAUAACAAAUGAUGCUUGUGUGCCGCGCCUGCUCAGAACUCAGCUGGUCCGGAAAAUACAAGUUUUGUAAAAACGUCAACAAAGAUGGCGGCGUCGAUGGCAGUAGCAGGGGGUUUAGCUGAAGCAGAGAUGGGGGCUGCAGGAACCGAGAGAUCAGAGCCCGGGGACAGCGAGCAGGACGAAGCAGAGGAUGUGUUCGAGGUGGAACAUAUCAUCGACAUGAAAACAGAAAAGGGGGAAAUCACAUACAGAGUCCGGUGGAAGGGAUACACAUCGGAAGAUGAUACCUGGGAACCAGAGGCUCAUCUGGAGAGCUGUAAGGAGGUGCUGCUUGCAUACCAGCGGAAACUAGCAGAAAACAAAACGAAGGUUGCAAAGAGGGACAAUCAGCUGCUUUCAGGAGACCUAACAGCUGUUCAUCACUGUGAGACAGAGCACUCUCCACUGCUUUUGCCACUGCCUGACGUGAAGUUUUUGCUGCAGCAGAAUAAAAAGAAGCUGCCAGGAAAAAGCGAUUCAGACAGCGACAGCCCAACAGAUGAAAAAGAAGAACGAAGAAAGAAGAAAAAGAACAAAACAACCAAGGGGGUUGAUCCUUUACCAGAGAGCCAGAAGAAGAAGAAAAACAAGAAGUCUAAGCCUGAGAAAGUAAAUGAUCCAGAGAGGGCCCAAUCGGAGGAUGCAGACAGUGCGCCCUCGACUCCUGUCUCUGUCAAUGAGAAGACUUCAAAAACCAAAAAAAGAGUGUUGGAAUCAGAGGAGGAACCAAAGGUAACAAAGAGGCAGAAGAAAGAUGAUCCAAAAGAAAGCGGAAAGCUUAAAAAGUACCCAAAUCAGGGGAAAAAAAAGCAGAGGGCCUCGAAAGAGCAGGAAACCAGCCAAACAACAAAGUCACAGCUGGUCACAGAUCUGUACUCUGCGGAGUCCUCUCAAGAUGAGCAAGGAGAGGUUUCUACUGAGAUGACUGACAUGUUGGCAGAUGAACCAGUCACUGAUGCCUCUGUACCGGAGCUUGGUUCUCCUGAGAAAGCAGCAACAGCAGCGCUCAAGCGUGGGGAUACUUUUUCUUGCUCAGGAGGGAGCCCUGCAAAGCUCAAGGCAAAACAAAAAAAAAGUAAAACCCAGCAGGCUGGUGAGCACAGACUCAAACUACAAGGUAUAAAGAAUCUCAUUCAGGAAAAGAAAGGAGUACGGGAUGAAAGCAGCCAGGGCAAGAGCAUGCAGGAGAAACUCAAUUUCCUAAUGGAGACUAAAUCGGCCGAUGCAGCUGCAAAGACGCAUAAGGUUUCCAAAAGUGGUACAGACGAUGAGCCAGGCUUUCUGUCCUCUGACUCGAACGAGGGCGGAAGUGUGGUCAAGAGAAAAAUAAAAACCAAAGCGCUUGAAUCUACCCCAAAGAUCAGUGCAUCAAAGGGCAAGGAGGAUAACCCUGCAGUAGAUAAAGUCUCUUUAGUGCUAGCCAGGCAUGAGGACCCUGAAAAGGAAGAAACAUUUGCGGCAAGUCUAUUUGAGAAAUUUUUAUUGAACUGUGAAGAAAAUGAUAGAGCCCCGAAGAGACAAAGUGUAUGUCCACCAUUAGCGACUGUGGAGGAGAAAGUGGAACAAUCUAAAGCAACACCAAAGACUCAAGUCAGGCCUGAGAAGAUUAAAACCACAAAGGAAGUAGUACCAGUUCAGAGGCCAGAACCCGAGAGGGUGGAUAAAAGCAGAAGAGAGCCUAGAACACCAGACAAUGCCAAGCCUGUGAAAGGGUGUUUUGACGUUGUGAGUCCUCCUCAGGAGGUGGAUGAUGUCAGAGAAAGGCGCGAGAAUGCUGCUGUGAUGUCUCCAGGCUCUGAACCCGCCGAGGAGCCCCUGUUCAAGUGGAGUGGAAGUGCCCAGAGAGAGAGGAGGAGGAGGAAGAGAGAAGAUAGUGAACCUCGGCUCUACAUUGCAUAUGAAGAUGAUCAUGAUACUGCCCAGGAUACUGUCUGUCAGUCUGAAAAGACUUCGGAUAGCAAAAAGCAAGUUCUAAGCCUGGGUGUUGAUCUAAAGCUAGACUGGAUGACCUUGGAGGACUUUCAGAAACAUCUUAACGGAGAAGAUGAAAUUCUUUCUACCACAACUAUAUCUACCAGUGUACUUCGAGACUCUGUGAAAAAUGGAGACUACUUGACUGUGAAACUUGCACUAAACUCCAAGGAGGAUUAUAAUUUAGAUCAAGAGGACUCCAGUGGAAUGUCUUUAGCAAUGCUGGCAGCUGCAGGAGGACAUGAUGAUGUACUGAGACUGCUGCUAAAGAAAGGGGUGACUGUUAAUGCUCAGCAGAAGGCUGGCACCACCGCACUCAUGCAUGCUGCUGAAAAGAAUUUUUUGACUACUGUGGUUAUUCUUCUUGAAGCUGGUGCUCUUGUAAAUGUACAACAGAUCAAUGGAGAAACAGCUUUAAUGAAGGCAUGUAAAAGAGGGAAUGCUGACAUUGUGAGACUCCUGUUGGAGUAUGGAGCCGACUGCAACAUCCUUUCCAAACACCAGAACAGUGCAUUGCAUUUUGCAAAGCAGAGUAACAAAGUCAUUGUGGAAGAUUUGAUCACGUCCCACAUGGAAACGCUGCAGAAGGUGGCAAAGCACACAAUUAAGGAUUACUUUGAGUCUCGUUUAGCUUUGCUGGAACCUGUGUUUCCAUUAGCUUGCCACAUACUCUGCGAGGGACCAGAUUUUUCAUUAGAAUUCAACUAUAAACCACCAAACAAAACAACAGAAGGAUCGGGAAUUCUCCUUUUUAUCUUCCAUGCCAACUUUUUUGGAGGCAAUGAGAUCGCCGCUCGUCUCUGUGGACCCUGCAGUGUACAGGCUGUAGUUCUCAAUGACAAGUUUCAGCUGCCUGUAUUUUUGGAUACUCAUUUUAUUUAUUCAUUCAGCCCAGUACCAGGUGCAAAUAAACUUUUCAUAAGACUGACUGAAGCACCUACAGCCAAGGUAAAGCUGUUGAUUUCUGCAUAUAGAGUACAGCUGAAGUGAAGGGAACAACGUCGUUUUUAAUUUCCACGGAGUACCAGAAUGACACUUGCUCUUGACUUGGAUGCAGUUGAGGAAUCACAGAUGUUCUUAAAGUCCCGAGCCAAGCGUACAUCACCAAGGGAUUCCCCUUAAUGUUUUUGGACAGCUUCUGUUUUUAAUAAAGAUACAUUUACCCUGUUAUUCAAGGGUAAAAUAAGUGCAGUCAGUAGAUGUUUUUGAUUCAAACAUGGAACCUUUGCUUUCCAUUAAGUUUAAUGCUUGUACACUAGGUGUAUUUAGAGCGCAGCUGUUUAGUUUUAAUAGUGUUUAUAUUGUUAAGCGACUGUGAACCUUGGUGACGUGUAAUACAGUGUGUACUGCUCUUUGCAUUGAAGGUUGCUGCUACUGCACUGCAAUUAUUUCAUGGUUUUUAAUAGCCACACAGUGUAGUGUGAUCUUUAACAUCUCUACUGUUAUCUAAAAUGCUCAGUAUUUUUGAACUGAUUCUCUUGUCAAAUUGUAUUCAUGUUGUUGUUUUUGAGAUGGUACAUUUCUUUAAUCCCCUCUUUCAAUGUUUGGCGUCAUAACAAAGGCUUACAAAUAUUUAUUUAAUCAGUUUAUGAUUUUUGUGGCCAUAUUCAAAAAGCAUGGUAUGGUAAAUGGUAUGGUACUUUUCAUGGUAAAUUUUUUUUAAAGCUUUAACAUCCGUAUUGAAUUUUCUUUUUAAAAACACAGAUAACGCAGUACAGUGGUAAAUGCUUUGUCAAUAAGCCCCUCGGUAUCCAAUUUUUACACACCCCUGUUGGCUGCAACCUUAGAUAAUGAUACUUUAAGAGAGUCCAAGAUUAGAGUUUACCAUUGGUGGGGCUAAACAUGUUUGUUAUAUACAUAUAUUAGUGUGGUGGUUAAAUCAGCCUAUACCAAAUUAGUAAAAACAUAAAAAAGCAAAGAAUAAAAUGAUCUACUCAAAGCAAGUGAUAAUUCUGUUGAUGCCAAUAUCUUGCUCCUUUUAUAUAAAAAAUCCAUUGGUUAUACAUUUUGAUAAUAGACCUUGUGAUGAUUUCAUUCCCAGAGAUGCAGAUGUUUAGUAGACUUUAUUAUUGGACGGCUUAUGCCUGAUCCUGGUUGUGUGUAACUUGCCACAGUGUGUCUAUACUGCAGUUUAGCAACCAAAAAUGUAUGAGGAGAAAUUGGUACCUAUUGUUCCGUUUAUCUUCAUGACGCCGAAAAGGAACUUGAUAUCUGGCAUACUGUGAUUUGUGACACUUUUGUAAAAGUACUUCUGUAAAAGUUUCAUAUUUAUGAAAUAUAAAGCUUGAAUUCUUUCACCUCCUGA